AUCACCCGUGACCUUGGCUCUCUUCCUUCUCUUGGUUUUGUAUCAGGACGAGCAUGGCGAGUAAAGACCCCGGCGUGAGUAGUUUUCUGCAGCAGCUGCGGCAGAUAGCAGGCAGAAUGUCAUCGGGACCUCGGGGUGCAGGACUCGGUAUGAAGCUGCUGAUCGGUGCAGGAGCACUCGCUUAUGGAGUGAAGGAAGCCACAUACACAGUUGAAGGAGGCCAGAGAGCGAUAAUCUUCAACAGGAUCGGAGGGAUGCAGAUGGACACGGUGCUCGCAGAAGGACUCCACUUCAGGAUACCCUGGUUCCAGUAUCCCAUCAUCUAUGACAUCCGAGCCCGACCCAGAAAGAUCUCCUCUCUCACUGGAAGCAAAGAUCUUCAGAUGGUGAACCUCACGCUGAGAGUUCUGUCGCGGCCACUGGCAUCCAACCUCCCCACCCUCUACCAGCAGCUGGGACAAGACUACGACGAGCGCGUCCUGCCGUCCAUCGUCAACGAGGUGCUGAAGAGUGUUGUGGCGAAGUUCAACGCCUCGCAGCUCAUCACACAGAGAGCACAGGUUUCCCUGUUGAUCCGCAGAGAGCUGUUUGAGCGAGCAAAAGACUUCAACAUCAUCCUGGACGAUGUGGCCAUCACUGAGCUCAGCUUCAGCCGCGAGUACACGGCCGCUGUGGAGGCCAAACAAGUUGCCCAACAGGAGGCCCAGCGAGCUCAGUUUUACGUGGAGAAGGCCAAACAGGACCAGAGACAGAAGAUCAUCCAGGCUGAAGGAGAAGCUCAGGCUGCCAAGAUGCUGGGCGAGGCCGUGACGAAGAACCCAGGCUACCUGAAACUCAGGAAGAUCCGGGCGGCGCAGAACAUUGCCAAGACAGUGGCGCAAUCCCAAAACAAAGUGUACCUGAGUGCCGACAGCCUGGUGCUCAAUCUGCAGGACAGUGGCAGCUUCAAUUUGUCAUUGAAGUGAAGAAGUCACCUCCCUGCUGGUUUGCCAUCAUUCCUCCAGUUUCUUCCAGUUCACUCAUUCUACCAGGUUUAUCUGUCUAUCAGUCACGUUUACAGGCUGCCGCAAUACUGACUUUAAUGUGUCAGUCAGCAGCCGCUCAAGCUGCUUCAUCAGUGACAAUAAAAAGAGAACUUCCUCUGACGUUUUUCAUCAGCUGUGAGCGUUUACAGUUAGCCAAUAACCAGCAGCUUUUGGUUUAACUUCGCCUCCGGACGUCACAGAAGAACAUGUAACUCACAUUUUAUUAAUCAUUACAACUUGUCGGUCUCAUGUCUGAAUAAACUACCAUUUCUGUAUCACUUUCUGAAAUUA